AUGGUCUCUAUCAGGCAUUUUAUCGAUCAGUUGCCAUACAAGAUCGUAUUCGAAAAACUUACCCAAGAUAUCAAUCAUGUGAUUAUAGGUUUCUGUUGUGUGUUUGAACCCGUAUUCAAUUUCAACCCAUUUGAAGAACUGAACUCCAUUGCGCGAAUCCAAUCGUUGUUGGAAAGGAGGGAGCAGAGAGGAUUCGAUGGCUUCAUUCAGUAUAAUAUUGUGUUAAGAAUUUGUCAUUUCAGUAUAAUAUUUACAUCGUCUUCAAUCAUGGUGAAGAGCAAGAGGGAGACAGAACAUGGUAGCAUGUUCCCAACAGAAGCGGUUUAUCUGAGAGUAGUAGAUUGGAUUAGAGUUAGUUGGAUAUGGCUUUAA